AUGCCAUCAUUGGCGUUCCGCAAGGCCUGCGCUUACUUGCAGGGGCUUGUUCGCCUGCAAAAGACCCGGGCCUUGGCUUACAUCAUCGCGCGUCGGCUGCUGACUAGCGUCGUCCUGGACCCUGACGCACCGGCACCGCACCCACUCCACUCCCUUUCCUUCUCUCUCUUUCUCUCUCUUCUCUCCACUCCACUCUUCACCCUUGAAGCUGACUACGACAACGACGAGUGGGAUGCCCUUGUCUGA